AUGAUACAAAUUCAGGACGUUGAAGAGAUCCCUGCAUUGUUCUGUAGGAGCUUUAAGGACGUUAUAUCUAACUCUUUGUUGUUAAUCGAUGCUAAUGGUGAUGAGAUCAAAAUAACAAUUCAAAAAGGGGAUCGAACUGCUAUCAUAGUUCAAGGUUACAAGCAACUAUUGGAGAGAUAUCGCCUUGACCAUGGUGGUUGGCUUAAGGUGAAAUAUGUUGGUCGUGACAAAUUUCUUAUUGAUCAAGCAAUGGACCACAACAUGCACGUAGUUUCUAACUAUGUAGUCCCCUUCAAGUCUUUAUUGGAUAAUAAAAAAUUAUUUGUCCAUGAAAAUAAUGUGGAUUCAACUGCUCAUACAUCUGGAUUAAUGGAUGGGGGCUUAUACGUUUCUUCAAUUGAUAUAUCCCCUGCAUUUCCAAUGGAUCUUCCUGGUGAUAUGAUUGAAUCAAUAGAUCAACCUUCAUCUGAAAAUGUGCUAUCGAUGCCUUCAACACUGUCCAACGAAGUUCCUGUCAUUGUUCAGAAUGAUUUGUAUAUAGCAGCUAAUUUUGUUUGUUUUGAUAAUGAUCUCAAAGAGUUUGCACAAUGGUUAAUUCAAAUUGGCGAUGGGUUGGCAGGUGAUUCAACAGAUGGUGAGUCUGAGGUAGUCAUCUCUAAAGACAUUCUAAUUAAUGAUACUGAUGAUGGGUUUCAGAAUUUGGUUACAUUUGUCUAUGCGAAUUUAUUGUUGAACUUGAAUAACAUUGAUUACUUCAAGGAGCGCACAAUUCUAGCACCUACACUCGAAGUUGUGCAUGAUGUCAACAAUACAAUAAUGCAAUACAUUAAUGCUGAUGAAAAAGUGUAUCUUAGUUCAGACUCAUUGUGUGCUGAAGAGGGCAACAUGGAAUAUGAGAUGGAUGCUAUCACAACUGAUGUGUUGAAUUCGAUAAAUUGCUCAGGCUUGUCUAGCCACCAGUUGAAACCCAAAGUUGGUGUACCUGUUAUGCUAUUGAGGAAUAUAGACCAAAGCAAUGGACUUUGUAAUGGUACUCGAUUACAGGUUCGAAGAUUAGGUAAUCAUGUCAUUGAAUGCAAUAUCUUGACAGGUGACAAGUGUGGCAAAAUAGUUCUGAUUCCACGGAUGAAUAUGGUGCCUAACAAUGAAACACUUUCAUUCAAGUUCCAACGUAGACAAUUUCCUCUUAUAUUCUUCCUUGCAAUGACCAUCAAUAAAUCUCAAGGUCAAACUCUAAGCAUAAUGGGGUUAUACUUACCCAAACCUGUUUUUACGCAUGGUCAAUUAUAUGUUGCUUUGUCUAGGGUCAAGUCUAAAAAGGGCUUGAGAGUUUUAAUAAAGAACAAUGGCUCACUAAGUGAUAGUUCUACCUUGAAUGUUUGUGUAUAG